AUGCCUUCCGUUAUCCCCGACUGGCAGCAGACUGCCGCGCAUGCCCAAGCGGCCUUCAAAGCCAAGGUCGAGGCGACGGGCUUUGCAGUCCCUACCGUCUCCCCCAAGCAGCUGAACGUGACGAGCGUCGCGCUCAAAGAUGUCCUCAGCAGUGAGGAGAUCGCCAUCACCGGAUCGAGCAUUGGCGAGCUCGUCGCCAAGUUGGCGAAGGGCGACCUUUCCUCGGAGCAGCGCACCUUCUGCCACCGCGCCGUCAUUGCGCAGCACGCGCUUACCAACUGCUUGACCGACAUCUUCUUUGACCACGCCAUCGAGCGCGCCAAACACCUCGACGCCGAAUUCGCACGCACAGGCAAGCCUUCGGGACCUCUUCAUGGCCUCCCCGUUUCGCUCAAGAACCAGAUCGAUGUCGAGGGAGAAGAGAUGAACCUGUGCUACGUCGGCUGGGUCGGCCGUAUCGCCAAGAAGAACUCUGCCAUGGCGGAGUGCCUUCUCCGGUCCGGGGCAGUCCUCUACUGCUUCACGAACAUGCCGCAGGCGCUCAUGUCUGGCGAGACCGUCUGCAAUCUCCACGGCCGCACGACAAACCCGCACAACCGCGCGCUCGCUGCCGGAGGAUCGUCGGGCGGAGAAGGCGCUCUCGUCGCCCUUCACGGUUCGCCUAUCGGUAUAGGCAGCGAUAUUGGCGGAAGCGUGAGGAUACCGUGCGCCUUCAACGGCCUGUACGGUCUCAGGCCAAGCUUCGAACGGAUGCCGUAUGGAGGCUCGACCAACUCGACGGAAGGCUUCACGGUCAUCCCUUUGGUGCUCAGCGCAAUGUCGUCGUCGCUCGACAGCGUCAAGCUGUUCUUCAAGGCCGCCCUUGACGCCGAACCUUGGAGUCCGCUCUGCUUCGGCUUCAUCUCGCACAACGGCAUUGCCAAGCCAGACCCGCCUUACCUGCGCGCGCUCGAGACAAUGAAGAAGGCGCUUCUCGCGAAGGGCCACAAGGUUAUCGACUACACGCCUGUCGACGCCGCCAAGGGCUCGUCGAUCCUGACAAAGCCCUUCCUCGCCGACGGCGGCGAGGCCAUCGCGACGCAGUGCGCCACUUCCGGCGAGCCGUUGAUGGAGGGUGCCUUCAAGGGUGUUGUCAAGCCCCCUGCCGUCUCGACCUACGCUUUCUGGCAGCUCUGCCGCGACAGGCGGGACUACAUCGCCGAACAGCUCGCCGCCUGGGAACGCACGAAGGAGCUCACGGGCACCGGUUGCCCCGUCGUCGCGCUCAUCUCCCCGCCGGCACCUUACCCGAGCUUCCGUCACGGCGACUUGCAAGACAUCUUCUACACCGGCAUCUGCAACCUCUGCGAUUAUCCCGCCGCCGUCUUCCCCGUCACCAAGGUUGACCCGGCUGUUGACAUCAAGGCAGAGCCAUACGACUUUGCGAGCGACUUUGACAAGAUCAACUACGAGCGCUACGACGCCGAGGUGUACCGUGACGCGCCCGUCGCUCUUCAGCUCAUUGGCAGGAAGGGCGAGGAUGAGGCGGUCAUCAAGAUGAUGGAGUUGGCGGUUGAGGCCCUCCAGUCGGCCUGA